AUGGCUCUCUUUGAGGCCACCCUUGCUGAACAAGAUGCAAAUCCUGAAUCACAAUUUUCCAAUUACCUUUUAAAGGAUAAAUUCUUAUUAACGGCUUUGGAAUUCUACUAUGAGCUACUUGAGCGCGGCAUGCAAUGUAAUGUACUUGAGGCGUUCUUCACAAAUCCCGAAAAUCUUUACCAGUUUGAUCUUAAUCAAUCUGAAGUCACUUCGAUAAAUUCGGUUGAUCUUCGUACCGGUAGUGAAGAGCAAAAUUCUUUGGAAGACCAACUGAAGGGUAUCAAAUUCUCUUUCCCUUAUAGGCGUAAAGUGUUUGAAUUUGAGCUUAGGAAAAGGAAUGAAGAGAUUAAAAGUUUGCGAAGGCGUCUUACUACUGUAACUGUUGGAGGUGAAACCGUAGAGCCUGUGAACUCACCAACGCUGUCAAAUGGGGAAUAUGGUGAGACAAAAGACCCUGACCCUGCCUCCAAUACGGAAACGCGUGCCCUUCGUUUUCUGGUUAACGAGCAUCUACUCAGCAAUGGAUACAAGUUGAGUGCUGUUCAAUUCGCCGAGGAAUGCGAAGUUGAAGAUCAACAGGAUUUGGACGAUUGGAAUGAUGUAGGACUCACCUGCGAUCGUCCUCCAAAUCUCCUCAUGCUUCUGCGAGCCUCCUGGACGCUUCCUCGCCACCAGCCAGGUCCGAGGUCAUUUCUGCGUCCCACUAGGCCCCGAGCCAUGGGUACCGACGCAGCAGCAGAAUUUAUGGACGAGGUCACACAAACUGAACUCUCCGUCGAAACUCUCGAGGAAGAAUUGGAAAUUAACAAAACUGCACUCACAGCACUGCGGUGUAACUUUGAGGCCACCAAAGCGGAGCUGGAAGUCUCGGUAACGCGAACUAUAUUGGUUCCAUUAGACCUUGGUGAACGUCAACAAAUCGGUGAUUUGCGUGGAAAAGUGUCACGUAUCGAGUCGGAGAACGUCAGUCUUGCACAGGAAUCCACAUACUGGAGAAAUCAACUUCUUUGUCUUAAGCGAGAUUACCCCGAUUUGGUGGGAACAACGGUGACGAAGGCAGCCAGAAGUGCUGCCCCUAGCCAACCUCUUCUCAACGGAGGUGAGAAGUUGGAGACCGAAGGUGCUAGUGCAGCAGGGGGAUCGAGCAAAGACGGUCCAAUAGAGACGUCGUCACCAGCAGCAUCACCGACGUCUGUGGAUCUAAUGGCCUCGGAGGUGGUGGCACCACUCCCCAAGUUGGUCAUCAAUAAUCCGCAGUUCAUAAGACGAUGUGCUCCCGAGUUUGUUCGUUGUGCUUCGGAACUCUUACCAGCAGUGGAGACCGAAGAAGUUCCUCUGGAGGCCUCCCGACUAGCUGAUACUCUGGAUGAGAUAAUAAUUGCCAUCGGUUCUCAAAUUCAAAACAUUCUCAAGUAUCUUCCGGAUAAUCAAAAGAUACUGGCUCUGCCACUGCUGAUCCAGGCUAUUUGCCUGCACCCAGAUGCCGAAGUUCGUGACCAGCUUUUACGGGCCCUCUUCAAUCUUUUUGCCGAUUCUCCUGAGGCCGACACCAAGGGGAUGGAGACGAAGCGAGCUGUUAUUAUCCUUCGCCAAUGUCGUGAAUUGGCCACAUGUUUGGGCCCUCAGCGAAUAGAGAGUGAGUUGUUACCUCAAAUCUGGUCCCAGUUAAACGAGCGACCCUCAAAUAGCCUUCGAAAGCUCCUCAUCUCCGCUUGUGGUGUUAUAGCGCCUGCCACUCCCUCGCGAUUGCGCUCCUCCCUACUGCUCUCGAUCCUCCUCCAGUCCAUAGAGGAGGAGAAGGCGGAGGAGGUACGUGCAGUGGCCCUACGUUCACUGGCCGGGGUGGUGGUACUGAUGGAGGACCGAGAUAAAGUACCCCAGUUGGUGGCCACUUUUGAAGCGGUCUUACUGGCAGAUUGGACCCAUGCAUCCCCUGCUACCGCCGCUCUACCCUGUCCCCAUGUUGUCGUAUACGGACAUCCACUUUGCCUAUCGAGCGGGAGUAGCUUGGGAACUUGUCCAAGCAUUCUUAGCGCCUCUUGCAACUGGCUGCUACCCACUGUUGCUCAGUGGUGUUUGGAAGUCGGCUCCUUUAACGAUCUCCUCCUCAAUCCAUGGCUUCAGCGACUCAUAAAUCUGUGCUUCGUGAGUUCUUAA